AUGUCCGCUUGGGAGUUCCCUCUCCUGGUCGCCGUGCCUUUCAUGGAGCGGCUGUCAGCUCACAUCAUGUGCGACGACGAGGAGACCACCGCCCUGGUGUGCGAUAACGGCUCGGGUCUGGUGAAGGCGGGGUUCGCCGGUGAUGACGCUCCUCGCGCCGUGUUUCCCUCCAUUGUUGGUCGCCCGCGCCACCAGGGCGUUAUGGUUGGUAUGGGCCAGAAGGAUUCCUACGUUGGCGACGAGGCCCAGAGCAAAAGAGGCAUCCUGACCCUGAAGUACCCCAUCGAGCACGGCAUCAUCACCAACUGGGAUGACAUGGAGAAGAUCUGGCACCACACAUUUUACAACGAGCUGCGCGUUGCCCCGGAGGAGCAUCCCACCCUGCUGACCGAAGCCCCGCUCAACCCGAAGGCCAACAGAGAGAAGAUGACUCAGAUCAUGUUCGAGACUUUCAAUGUUCCUGCUAUGUAUGUGGCCAUCCAGGCCGUGCUGUCCCUGUACGCCUCUGGGCGUACCACAGGUAUUGUCUUGGACUCCGGUGACGGCGUGACCCACAACGUGCCUAUCUAUGAAGGCUACGCCCUUCCUCACGCCAUCAUGCGCCUGGACUUGGCUGGACGUGACCUGACAGAUUACCUCAUGAAGAUCCUCACAGAACGUGGAUAUUCCUUUGUUACAACCGCUGAGCGGGAAAUCGUGCGUGACAUCAAAGAAAAGCUUUGUUACGUCGCUCUGGACUUUGAGAAUGAGAUGGCCACUGCCGCCUCCUCGUCAUCUUUGGAGAAGAGUUAUGAGCUACCCGAUGGCCAGGUCAUCACCAUUGGCAAUGAGCGUUUCCGCUGCCCUGAGACCCUUUUCCAGCCCUCAUUCAUUGGCAUGGAAUCUGCUGGCAUUCACGAGACCACGUACAAUAGCAUCAUGAAGUGCGACAUCGACAUUCGCAAGGACCUCUAUGCCAACAAUGUCCUCUCAGGAGGCACCACCAUGUAUCCUGGUAUCGCUGACCGCAUGCAGAAAGAGAUCACCGCCCUGGCCCCCAGCACCAUGAAGAUUAAGAUCAUUGCUCCGCCUGAGAGGAAGUACUCUGUAUGGAUUGGCGGCUCCAUUCUGGCCUCUCUGUCCACCUUCCAGCAGAUGUGGAUCAGCAAACAGGAGUAUGAUGAGGCUGGACCCUCAAUUGUCCACAGGAAGUGCUUCUAA